UCUGGUUCUCUGCGCCGCGCCGUGUUUCUCCGCUUUCAACGCAUUCUCCGCGAUUCUCCAAAGAAAUCGACGAUCAUGUACGCUCUGGACGAAGAUCAAUGCGAGGAGGAAGAUUCAGGGGAGAUUUCGUCGAAGCUAUGGCAAGAGGCAUGUUGGAUCGUAAUAAACGCUUAUUUCGACGAGAAAGGUUUGGUGCGACAGCAAUUGGACAGUUUCGACGAAUUCAUCGAGAUGUCGAUCCAACGUAUUGUCGAGGAUUCACCGGCAAUCGAGCUGCAAGCCGAGGCACAACAUCGUAGCGGUGAGAUCGAAAUACCUACGAAACAUGUGGUAAAGUUCGAGCAAAUUUAUCUAUCCAAACCAACUCAUUGGGAGAAGGAUGGCGCUCCUUCGCCGAUGAUGCCGAACGAAGCGCGACUGAGGAAUCUUACAUACUCGGCUCCACUUUAUGUGGAUAUCAUCAAGACUGUUUACAAGGAAGGCGAAGAGCCUACAGAGACGCAGCAUCAGAAAACCUUCAUUGGCAAGAUUCCAAUAAUGCUACGCUCGAAAUAUUGUUUGCUCUCGGGACUGUCAGAUCGUGAUUUGACAGAGCUCAACGAGUGUCCACUUGAUCCUGGUGGUUACUUUAUUAUCAAUGGCUCGGAAAAGGUGUUAAUUGCUCAAGAAAAAAUGGCAACCAAUACGGUAUACGUGUUCGCCAUGAAAGACAGCAAGUACGCGUACAAAGCUGAAAUACGAUCGUGCUUGGAGCACAGCUCGCGGCCGGUGUCCACGCUUUGGAUCAAUAUGAUGUCCAAGAGUGGAGGUGCGAUAAAGAAGUCAUCGAUAGGACAGCGCAUCAUUGCCAUUCUGCCAUACAUUCACCAAGAGAUUCCAAUAAUGAUAGUAUUUCGUGCGUUGGGCUUCGUUGCGGAUCGUGACAUACUUGAACACAUAAUCUACGAUUUCGACGACCAGGAGAUGAUGGAAAUGGUGAAACCCUCGCUGGACGAGGCUUUUGUUAUUCAGGAACAGAACGUUGCGCUCAAUUUCAUUGGGAGUAGAGGUGCUCGACCUGGAGUCACCAAGGAACGACGAAUCAAGUAUGCAAGGGAAAUUUUGCAGAAGGAGACCUUGCCGCACGUUGGUAUUAGUGACUUUUGCGAAACGAAGAAGGCUUAUUUUUUGGGUUACAUGGUGCAUCGACUGCUUUCCGCUUCGCUGGGUCGCCGAGAACUCGAUGAUCGCGAUCAUUAUGGAAACAAGCGAUUAGACUUGGCCGGUCCACUUUUAGCAUUCUUGUUUCGCGGUUUAUUUAAAAAUUUGAUGAAAGAAGUCCGACUGUACGCUCAGAAAUUCAUAGACAGAGGCAAGGACUUCAAUCUUGAAUUAGCUAUCAAGACGAAGAUCGUGACGGACGGUUUAAGGUACUCGUUGGCCACGGGAAACUGGGGUGAUCAAAAGAAAGCUCAUCAAGCGAGAGCUGGAGUUUCUCAAGUUUUGAACAGGCUAACAUUCGCCUCAACACUAUCGCAUUUACGUCGAGUGAACUCGCCAAUCGGUCGGGACGGCAAACUGGCGCGACCUCGUCAAUUACACAACACGCUAUGGGGUAUGUUGUGUCCUGCAGAAACACCGGAAGGUCAAGCCGUGGGUCUUGUCAAGAAUCUCGCACUCAUGGCUUACAUCAGUGUAGGCUCGCAACCAUCACCCAUACUUGAGUUUCUCGAAGAAUGGUCAAUGGAAAAUCUCGAAGAAAUCGCGCCCACUGCUAUUUCCGAUGCAACCAAGAUUUUCGUCAAUGGAUGCUGGGUUGGAAUACACAGAGAUCCUGAUCAGCUGAUGGAUACGUUGAGGAAAUUGAGAAGACAAAUGGAUAUUAUCGUCUCGGAAGUAUCAAUGGUAAGAGACAUCCGGGAUCGUGAAAUACGAAUUUACACAGAUGCUGGACGAAUCAGUAGGCCAUUGCUAAUCGUGGAAAACCAAUUGCUACUGUUGAAAAAACGACAUAUCGAAAUGCUGAAAGAACGAGAAUACAGUAAUGACGGGUGGCAAGAAUUAAUAAUGAGUGGCGUAGUCGAAUAUAUAGACACACUCGAAGAAGAAACUGUGAUGAUCGCAAUGUCACCCGAAGAUCUGAAACAAGACAAAGAAUACGCUUAUUGUACGACUUAUACGCAUUGUGAAAUUCAUCCUGCAAUGAUUCUCGGCGUUUGCGCUUCUAUCAUUCCAUUUCCCGAUCAUAAUCAGAGCCCUAGGAAUACUUAUCAGAGUGCCAUGGGCAAGCAAGCGAUGGGUGUCUACAUAACGAAUUAUCACGUGCGUAUGGACACAUUAGCACACGUACUUUAUUACCCACACAAACCUCUCGUGACCACACGUUCGAUGGAGUACCUUCGCUUUCGCGAACUACCCGCUGGCAUAAACAGCAUAGUGGCCAUACUGUGUUACACGGGCUACAAUCAAGAGGACAGUAUCAUUUUGAACGCCAGCGCAGUGGAGAGAGGAUACUUCCGCUCGGUGUUCUAUCGCUCGUACAAGGAUUCGGAAAUGAAGAGACUUGGCGAGCAAGACGAGCAAUUUGAGAAACCAAAUAGAGCCAGCUGUCAGGGUGUACGUAAUGCUAUCUACGACAAAUUGGACAACGACGGGAUCAUCUCGCCGGGAAUCCGUGUGUCCGGCGAUGAUGUUAUUAUCGGCAAGACUAUGACUCUGCCGGAAUCUGAAGAUGAGUUGGACAGCUCGACGAAGCGUUACACCAAGCGAGACUGCUCGACUUUCUUGCGCAACAGCGAGACUGGCAUUGUGGACCAAGUGAUGUUGACGCUCAACAGCGAGGGUUACAAGUUCUGCAAGAUACGCGUAAGGAGUGUCCGAAUACCGCAGAUUGGCGAUAAAUUCGCUUCUCGCCAUGGUCAAAAAGGUACUUGCGGUAUAAUGUAUCGACAGGAGGACAUGCCAUUCACUUGCGAGGGCAUAACACCAGAUUUGAUAAUAAAUCCACAUGCGAUCCCAUCACGUAUGACGAUCGGUCACUUGAUCGAGUGUAUCCAGGGUAAAGUUUCGGCGAAUAAAGGUGAAAUUGGCGAUGCAACACCGUUCAACGAUGCCGUUAAUGUACAAAAAAUUUCUACUCUACUCAUGGAGUAUGGAUAUCAAUUGAGAGGUAACGAGGUCAUGUAUAACGGACAUACUGGCAGGAAGAUCAAUGCCCAAGUGUUCCUCGGUCCUACGUACUAUCAGAGGUUGAAGCACAUGGUUGACGAUAAGAUUCAUAGCAGAGCCAGGGGUCCUGUGCAGAUUCUUGUAAGGCAGCCGAUGGAGGGGAGAGCUAGGGAUGGAGGAUUGCGUUUUGGCGAGAUGGAGCGCGAUUGUCAAAUCAGUCACGGUGCAGCACAGUUCUUAAAAGAGCGCCUUUUUGAGGUAUCGGAUCCUUACAGGAUACACGUCUGUAACUUUUGCGGACUGAUUGCUAUAGCGAAUCUCCGAAACCAAACAUUCGAGUGCCGCGGAUGUAAGAAUAAAACUCAGAUAUCUCAAAUCAGACUGCCAUAUGCGGCAAAGUUAUUGUUCCAAGAACUGAUGGCGAUGAAUAUCGCACCUCGCCUUAUGAUUAAUUAAGUAACUUAAACAGUAUUUCGACUGUACGGUCUAUAUCAGACGAAAAUAUUUUUAUAUGUGAUUAUUAAGAAUUUGAACGAAAUUACGAUAUAAGACAGAUUAAUAUUCUUGUACUGUUAAAUUGUUUAAAUAUUAAAAUAUAUUACGGUUCAA